AUAUAUAAGUAUACACACUCAUUUAUGGCACCUCGCGGGCGUAAAAUUAAGCCUCGUGGCAACGUCGGUUCCCCUGUGAGCAUUCACGAUGUUUACGCGCGUGCGUUACAACUAUCAUCGAUUCCUAAGCAGGAAGCUGGUGAAGAGCAUCCUAAUACCGAAGAUGACAUAGUUGAACCGGAGCCUUCUGGUGAUUCAACUUCCUGUUCACCAUCAAGGGGCGAUGUGUCUACUUCUGAAGAGCGGGUGAAGUUGUUUAUGUGGGACUUUAAUCAGUGCGAUAAGAAGCGUUGUACAGGUCGUAAGAUGGUCCAUUUGGGAAUUGUAAAGCCCUUGCGUAUAGGUCAGUCAUUUGCUGGUAUAGUAUUGAGUCCUUUUGGUCGAUCCAAGUUAUCGUUAGAGGAUGGUGAGAUUGUCCGUUCUCGUGGUAUUGCUGUGAUCGACUGUUCUUGGAAUAAGGUUGAAACUGUGAAUCAAGGUCAGCUAAAUGUCAAACAUGCUCGUCUGCUCCCGUUUCUGAUUGCAGCCAAUCCUACUCAUUACGGUCGUCCAUUUGAGCUGUCUUGUGUAGAAGCUCUUGCUGCGGGAUUGUAUAUAUUAGGACUUGAGGACGAUGCUAUGCGAAUAUUAGAAUCAUUUGGUUGGGGCCGCAGUUUCAUUGACAUAAACGCCAGUAACUUGGCUUUGUAUCGUGCUGAAGGGUUGACCAGUUCUGCUAUGGAUGAAUUAGAACAGCGUUUUCUUAGUGAUGUUGCUUCUGAGCAUGCUGAGCGUCGUGCAGUCCGGGAACAAAUGGAUUACCAGGAUGUUGGUGUUGAUGCUUUUACUCCUGAAUGACCC